AUGACCCAAGAGAUGGCCAAGCCCCUCAUCUUGUGCACAGCGCUCGCGGCGUGCCUCGCGCUCGCCGCCGCCGACUGGUCUCCGGGCACCGCCACGUUCUACGGCGGACCCGACGGUUCCGACACCAUGGGCGGCGCGUGUGGGUACGGGAACCUGUACAACGCCGGGUACGGCAUCAACAACGCGGCGCUAAGCGAGACGCUGUUCAAGGACGGCGCGUCGUGCGGGCAGUGCUACCUCGUCAUCUGCGAUGGCUCGCGGCCGGGCGGCCAGUACUGCAAGCCCGGCACGGCGAUCACCGUCUCGGCCACCAACCUGUGCCCGGCCAACUACGGGCUGCCCAACGGCGGCUGGUGCGGCCCGGGGCGCCCCCACUUUGACAUGUCGCAGCCGGCGUGGGAGAACAUUGGCGUCUACCAGGCCGGCGUCAUCCCGGUGCUGUACCAGCAGGUCAAGUGCUGGCGCAACGGCGGCGUGCGCUUCAGCAUCGCCGGCUUCAACUACUUCCUGCUCGUCAACAUCCAGAACCUCGCCGGCAGCGGCUCCGUGGGCGCCGCGUGGAUCAAGGGCGACAACACCGGGUGGAUCCAGAUGUCCAGGAACUGGGGAGCCAACUGGCAGGCGCUCUCCGGGCUCGUCGGCCAGGGGCUCAGCUUCGCUGUGACCAGCACCGGCGGGCAGUACAUUCAGUUCCUCAACGUCGUGCCAGGGUGGUGGCAGUUCGGCAUGACCUUCAACACAUACCAGAAUUUCGACUACUGAAACUUGCAGGUAGCAGAGUGAUCGAUCCCCCUUAUAGCCAUCUCUUGAUGGCAGGGUUGGAUGAAGAAGGGAUGCAAUGCAACCCAGACCUCAAGACCCCUUUAAUUUAUUUUCCCUCCUGAAGAUGCAACACAUUAUGCUUUUCUUUCUUUUUUUGCGAGAAUCAUUCUUUUCAACAUUCUAUUAUCAAAUUAUAAGUUCUGUAGACAAUGUUCUAUGUGUAGACUUCCAAAUUUAGUGGUCAAUAUACAUACUAUAUUGAUGUA